UGCUUUCUCUGCUCAACACAAUUGAGUCUCAGUCUACCAUGUAACACUGCUUCUACUGCUUUAUUUUCACUAGUUGGCUUUAAAAUGGCUGAAACAACUGCACUCUUGCCUAGAAUCUUCUUUUCCAGAAGAGAUGCAGGAGAAAUGUCUUUUAUUAUUGAGGGACAGAGCCGAAUUACAACAGGGAACAGCUGCACCCAGUCUCUGGAAACUGGGCGGAAAAGGUACUUACCAGAAGAGGCGAAGACCAGAUCUCUUACACCUAGGGCAUACACUGCCAAAAGCAGAUUGUGGGCACCAGAGCAUGAAAAGGGGAAAGAAAAUAUGAGAGCGAAGACUGCAGGUGGACGUCUAUCUGUAGACAUAGCUACCACACAAGCUUACAGUGUUAAUGAGAUCAUUUCCAUAAUUAAGGAGAAGCUAACUAAUUCUCAUACUUAUAUUUACCAAAUGUUUCGGAACAAUGAUCCCAAGGGACAAGGGACGAUAUCCAGGGAAGCACUGACAAGAGUUCUUUGGAAUAUCUGUGGGUUUUUAACUACACAGCAAAUCAACAACCUACUCAGCAGAUUAAAUCUGUCUGGGCAUUCUAGCAUUUCUUUUGAGGAUUUCAAGAAUUGUUUUCAGAGUAAUAAGGCUCAUAAUACUGAAUGGAUAAAGCCAACUGCUGCUAAAUAUCUGCAGAGAAAUGUCAGCAAACAGAAAGGCACUGAGACCAACAUUAACAAUACAUGUAGUGACAGUGACAAUGACAGCAUGUGGAAAACACUAGCAGAUAGAUUAAAGAAAAACAGAUCUCUGAAGAAGUUUCUACCCCCAUCUUGUCUUCAACCACCUGGACUGAUCACUUUCCAACAAUUCACAGAAGCACUAAGAUGUACGGGCAUAGAGUUAUCUGAGGAUGAGCUGGUCAAUUUGUGGACAAGGACUGGGAAUAUUACAAGCGUGGCACUGCCUACUGUUCUCCUCUUAAAAAAGUUGGGGUUAACAUUUCAAGCAAGUCCUAAAGAUCAGUGUAUUUGGGAUGCACAUAUGAGAAGAUGCACUGGAGAAAUCAUCAUAGCAAUAAAACAAAAGUUAAAUGAAGCUUGCUUCCUAAUGUUGAAAGAGUUCAGUAAAAUGAACUCCUCUCGAAGCAGCCUUACAAGCAGAUCGGAAUUUCGACUUGUUCUGCAAAAUUUUAACAUUCCCAUGUUGGCAGUGGAUCUGGAACACUUGCUGGCCAGGUUUAACCUGAGGCGGAAAGAUGGGCUGGUGGACUAUAUUGCAUUUGUGAAUAAACUGAAGAGCCGAUCAAGAUUGAGCUUUAUGAAAAGAAUGUUGGAAGAAACUGAAGAAAGGCAGAAAAUGGGCACAGCUGAGCCUUCCGGAGAAGGUUUGUCAGCCAUGGAGGCAGAAAGACAACUUUUCCACUUAUGCCAAGGUCCUUUUAUUCAGCUACUUGUGCGUUUUAAUAAAGCCGAUAUUCUCGGAAAUGGCAAUGUCAGUCAAGAAGAGUUCAAGGAAAUCAUUGAGAACACAAUACAAGUUCAGCUGACACCAGCGCACAUUAAAAGCUUUGUCGCACUCCUUGGAAACCAAGAGUCCAACAACAUCUCUUUUAUGAACUUCAUUGCUUUCCUUCAAGACAGGCCUACAACAUCUGAACUAAAGGAAGAAAUAGCAGUGCUUUCCUCAUUAUUAACAGUUCAUCAUCGGAUUGAUAAAAUUCGUUACCAAAAAGCCUUUGAAAUGGAUUUAUCAAGAUACACCAAUGCACAGUCUCCAAGAAAACUACAAGAGCUACACUUGAUGGUAUGGGACCUCCUUCAGCAGAAGUUUUGGCAGUUUUGUAAAGUUUUCAUCAGCAUAUGCAAAAAUGAUGAAUGCAGUGCAGAUAAGGAAAAAUUAGAUGCCAUAUUUUUUCGGUAAGUUUUUGAACUAAAGCU